GUUUUAGAGUCCAACUUACCCUACCAAAAAGCAAAAAAUGAAUUCCAUUUGCUUCACCCAAACACAACCAUAAAAAAUGUUCACCCUCGCCAAAAAGGUCGGCGCCCAAAUCGCGGCCAACCCCUAUGGAACGCAAUAAAGGGUGAAUGGAUGCUGGCUAAGGGUUUUGCGCGAGACAAGGAGAGAGCGAGGGACAAGGGUUCUUCUUCAGUUCUCCAUCUCUCCAUAACCAAAUCUCUAGGGUUUGUUUGGGGUUUUAGGGUUUUGCAUCCUCGGCACUCUCUGCAUCUCCGCGUCUGCGACUCAAUGAGCAACAACAAGGACGAUGCUGUUAACAUGGCUGAUGUCGGCGCCGCUCUCCCCGCUGAUGCAACAGAGGUUUUUGCAGAAUAAGCUUCAGAAUCUGUCGCCAAAAGUCAGGAAGAGAGUCGAGGCUCUCAGAGAGAUCCAGAUUCAACAUGACGACUUGGAAGAAAAAUUUUUUGAGGAAAGAGCAGCUCUCGAAGCUAAAUACCAAAAGAUGUAUCAACCACUUUACAGCAAGCGAUAUGAGAUUGUGAAUGGUUUGGUUGAAGUUGAUGGUGUUACAGAUGAAGCUGCAGUGAACAAAGCAGAAAAUAAAUCUGCUGAAGGGAAAGGAGUUCCUGAUUUUUGGCUCACUGCAAUGAAGACUAAUGAAGUGCUAGCCGAAGAGAUUUCUGAGCGUGAUGAAGGAGCUCUUAAAUAUCUCAAAGAUAUCAAGUGGUUUCGUAUAGAUGAUCCCAAGGGUUUUAAGCUUGAGUUCUGUUUUGAAACCAAUCCAUACUUCAAGAACUCCAUUUUGACAAAAACAUAUCACAUGAUUGAUGAAGAUGAGCCUAUUCUGGAGAAGGCAAUAGGGACUGAGAUUGAAUGGUAUCCUGGAAAAUGCUUAACACAGAAGCUUCUUAAAAAGAAACCUAAGAAGGGAUCAAAGAAUACCAAGCCAAUAACUAAAACUGAAGAUUGUGAAAGUUUUUUUAACUUCUUCAAUCCCCCUCAAGUCCCCGAAGAUGAUGAUGAUAUUGAUGAAGAUACUGCUGAAGAGCUUCAAAAUCUAAUGGAGCAAGAUUAUGACAUUGGGUCAACUAUCCGAGACAAAAUUAUCCCACAUGCUGUGUCGUGGUUCACUGGGGAGGCUGUUGAGGAUGACUUAGAAAUAGAAGAUGCUGGUGAAGAUGAAGACACCGAAGUAGAUGAAGAUGAAGAGGAUGACGAUGAAGAGGCUGAAGAUGAUGAUGAUGAUGAAGAUGAAGAUGAGGAAAGCAAUACAAGAAAGAAGCCGACAGCAGGGCACAAGAAGAGUGGAAAACCACCACCUGGUGAUGCUCAGCAGGGUGAGAGGCCUCCAGAAUGUAAGCAGCAGUAGAACUUGAUCGCUGCCUUAGGAAUUUUUUGCUGGGUUGAGAGUUUUGUCCGCGGGUCUAUUGUGAGGGUUGUGUUUGAGAGUAGUGGGCAGGGAGGUUAAGAGGUGCAGUUUUAUAUGAUUUUUGUUCUUUUAUUUCAAUUAUGCUAUAUUUAAUUGAUUUAGUGUUUUUUUGCUCCCUUGGAAGAGUUGAAGGAACAAAAAGGAGGGGAAGGGGGUCGGUUGGUUCUGUGUUUGGAGAUUGUGGUGAAAUGAUUUCAAGUUAGGUUUGCCAUGUGAUUAGUCAAUGUUUGGUAUUUUUAUUGAAGCUUAUGUGUAAACUAUCGCUUAAAAAGUGUUGGCUUAAGUUGUA